AGAAUAUUUCUUACAAUUUCUGUGACAACAUGCAGCUCUGAAAGAUCGUUUUCCGUCCUUCGACGCAUAAAAACUUAUUUACCAUCAAAAAUCAGUCAGCUAAGAUUAAACCAUUUGGCCAUACUACUAUGCUACAAAGAACGCGCCCACAAUCUUUCAAUUGAA